AUGACAAGUAGUUCAAAUAGACGGGAUAAUACCAAACUGCAAAAUGAAAGACACCAGCUCAUAAUUCAGGAGUUACUUCGUGAUGACGACAAUAAGUACUGCGCAGAUUGUGACGCAAAAGGGCCACGUUGGGCUUCCUGGAAUAUUGGCAUUUUCCUGUGCAUAAGAUGUGCAGGGAUACAUCGCAAUCUGGGUGUUCAUAUAUCCAAAGUUAAGUCAGUUAACCUUGAUACAUGGACUCCUAUGCAGUUGGCUGUUAUGAGGGAAAUGGGUAAUAGCAGAGCACGAGCUGUAUAUGAAGCAAAUUUGCCCGAUAAUUUUAGAAGGCCACAGACAGAUUCUGCGUUAGAGACGUUCAUUCGAGCAAAGUACGAACAGAAACGGUACAUAGCGCAAGAAUAUACUCCAAGUAAACCCGACGUAGAAUCAUUGAUGAAAGAAUUGCAACGUCUUGAAUUGUCUCAAAAGAAGAAAUCGCCUACUGUGAGCUUGGGUGCUCAUUUACAACAAUCUACCGGCAUAAUGCAUCGUCCAACUAAGGAACUACCAGUAACAUCAUCUGAAACAAAUAAUAUUAUUAGGACAAACAACGAUUUUGAUCUUUUGGGGCUUGACAAUGCUUCUGGUCCCGAAAAUAAAAAUAAUCUAUUUGGUCAUGGUGGUCCUAGUCAAGCAACUUUUGGAAGUCAACAAAAGCAGUCAACUGUUGGACAACAGCCAGUCAGCUCACCAGUAGAUACGACCCAACAUAUACAAAAACCUAAAGAUACUGCAUCUAGUUUGACAUCUGAUCUUCUGGGUUUGGACUUUGGAUGCACUAACUUGGUCGGUGAAAGGGCUACAAAUGCAACUAAUGAUGGACAAUUAUCUUCAGGAUCCACGUCAAAGAUAACCAAGGAUUCAAUCUUGGCUUUGUAUCAGCAAAGCGCAUCACAACAAAGUAGUUUGGGUCCCGCAUUAUAUCCCGGAACUAUGGGACAGUUCUCAACUUCUAACUUCCCAGGAAAUCAAUACUUUGUAUGUAAUCCUCCACUUGAUAAUUCUAUUCAUAACAAAAAUAUAAACAAUUCGGGUAAUGGGGAAAUGAAAGAGUCACAUUUUCCUCCCAAACAGUUUUUAUCACACGGUUUGGGCAUAAAUCCAGCUGGAACUAAUAAUUUGAAUGGAUCAUCUCAAUUCAUUCCUCCGUCGCCUAAUUUCGCUGUCUGGCCUGAAAAUAAUACCUCCUCAUGCUCAUCUAUUGCAGCACAAUCGAAUCAAAACGUUGUUUGUCCAAAUCAGUCGUUUGCUUUCAGUAAUACCUUAAACUCCAAUCCUAGUAAUCCAUGCACGAACACAUUAUCUCAGCUAUGGAACAUGAAUAUGAACCAAACAUUACCAAAUCAAACGUUUGGGAAUUUCGUUUCUCACUCAACAAAUAACAACAUGGCACCAAAUAAUGAAAUGUAUUUAUCUCAGGUUAAAAGUCAGUUAACUUCAUUAUAUCUUGGCAAAAGUCCACUGAAUCCAUAA